UUAUAUAUUAAUGACCUACUUAUUGGGACAAACAAAGUAAUGAAUCUGCCUUAAGAUAGGAACAACAGAUGACCUGUCACGUCAACCAAAUUGGGCUACUCCUGCUUGCCUGACUGCCUGCCUGCCUGCCUGCUGACGUGUCAAACAGAAAUAAAAGAUAUCUCUGCCAGCUACUUUCUUCUGCCACUUUCUUUCGAAUCAAUAUCUCAUUUCUUUUGUUCUUUAAUAUUUGAUCAUAUUCCUUUUUGUUUUUUUUCCUUCUUCUUCUUCCCCUUUACAUUAUAUCAUCUAGCUGUCUAUAGCUAAAUUAAAGAAAAAAAACACACACAAACACACAAACCCCAUUAUUCCUAUUUCCAUGGCCAUUUUGUGGAGAAGAUCAAGAAACAUCGCCAACCGUAUAAGGAAAUGUAUGAACAAAGGUUUCAUGGGGUGCGCUGUCGUUAACCAAAGUUGUUGGAGCUCGACGUUUCAAAGUUCGUCUUUGAGCAACCUGCGGCCGGUUCCUUAUCAAAACUCCAGAUAUUUGCGUUCAUUGCCGUGGAGCAGGGCUGCCCUUUUCUCUGUUCUACGUUCCAAGUCCACCGUAGCUGAAAAGCAACUUGAUUCGUUUUUCUCUAGCGAUAGUGAUGAUGAUCAUCGGUCACUGGAUUUUCCGGGAGGAAAAGUUACAUAUACUUCCGAAAUGAAUUUCAUCACAGAAUCUUCACGAAUGAGAGUACCUUGUUAUCGAGUUUUGGACGAUAAUGGAGAGCUGAUAAUGGGCGGUGAUUUUCAACAGGUAGGCAAGGAUGUUGCAGUAAAAAUGUACAGUGACAUGGUAACAUUGCAAAUAAUGGACAACAUAUUUUAUGAAGCACAAAGACAAGGAAGAAUAUCCUUCUACUUGACCUCAACGGGUGAAGAAGCAAUUAGCAUAGCAUCUGCAGCAGCUCUUACUGAACAAGACAUUAUAUUGCCUCAGUACCGAGAACCGGGGGUUCUGUUAUGGCGUGGUUUCACAUUGCAAGAAUUCGCCAACCAGUGCUUUGGAAACAAUGCCGACUAUGGGAAAGGCCGGCAGAUGCCAAUUCAUUAUGGGUCUAAAAAGCACAAUUUCAUCACCAUCUCAUCCCCUAUUGCGACACAACUUCCUCAAGCUGCAGGCAUAGCUUAUUCUCUUAAGAUGGAUAACAAAAAAGCAUGUGUAGUCUCAUACAUUGGAGAUGGUGGCACAAGCGAAGGAGAUUUUCAUGCCGGUUUAAACUUUGCAGCAGUUAUGGAAGCCCCUGUCAUUUUUUUCUGUCGCAAUAAUGGCUGGGCAAUCAGUACAAAUAUAUCAGAACAGUUUCGAAGUGAUGGCAUCGUGGUAAAGGGUCGAGCGUAUGGAAUAAGAAGCAUCAGGGUGGAUGGAAAUGAUGCCCUUGCUAUUUACAGUGCAGUUUCUGCAGCUCGCGAAAUGGCUAUAAAUGAACAGAGAGCAAUCCUUAUUGAGGCCCUUACAUACAGAGUAGGACACCAUUCCACAUCUGAUGAUUCCACCAAGUAUCGAGAGCUUGAUGAAAUUGACUACUGGAAAAUGGCUCGAAACCCUGUAAACAGAUUUAGAAAAUGGGUUCAAAAUAAUGGUUGGUGGAGUGAACAACAAGAAACUGAAGUUCGAAACAGUAUCAGGAAACAGUUAUUGCAAGCAAUUCAGGUGGCGGAAAAAACAGAGAAGCCGCCGCUAACAGAGUUGUUCUCUGAUGUCUAUGAUCAUCCAACAUCUAACCUUCAGGAACAAGAGAAACAACUCAGAGAAACUAUCAGCAGACAUCCAAAAGACUACCCUUCUGAUGUUUCUGUCUAGAUUUUCUUCACCUUACUAAAUUGGAGUAUUAAAGGUUGUUUUCUCGAUGAAUGAGCGAUGCAGCUGUAAGGUAGUAGUUGUUUCAUACAAUCCUUUCUCCGCAUGUAAGUUUCAUGAUGAUGUCAAUAAAGCAUUUCCCGGGUUUAAUGUA